CAUUUGGGGGCGGGACGUCGUAGCAGAAACUCAAUGUACAGUAGUUAGCAUAGUUAGCUUAGGAGGUGUUAAAACUGCCACGUUCGAUCCGUUUUACGUGGAAAUACUCUCCCUUUUGACACUUUUUUGAUAAAGUUAAGCUCUCCAUACAUUCAGUUGUUCUUAAGUCCGUCUCUGCCGUAAAGUUAAACUUUAUAGCAGAGAUGAAGAAGUGGGACUGGCGAGAAGGGCAGCGACCACACAGGCGACACGGAGGUGGUGGUCACCGGCACGGCUGGUACAGAAGCAACCGGCAGAGACCAGCACAUGAUGACCAGUGGUAUGCUUGAUAAAACAAUGAUUUAGAUGAACUUAUGGGGAAUUAUAACGCCCUACAGACAAUGUAUUUAACUCCCAUUCAUAUCCAGGUGAUCAUGGUUUGUUUAUACGCUCACAGGUCUGGAUAUAAUGAUGCAGGUCAACACCACAGAACACCCCAAAGGAGAUAUGAAGACCAGUCAUACUCAUCCUCAGCUCCGUCCUCUUCCUCAUCCUCCUCCUCGUCUAAUACCAGCAGCAGUUCUGCUCCAGGUCAGUACCAUACGACCUCCCCCCUUAAAUGUGUCACACAGAGAAACAGACGAAUAGGGGAGACUGGGGUAAGUUGAGCCAAAGGGUAAGUUGAGCCACCCCCUUUGCUUGGAAAUGGUAAAAGAAAUUGAUCAUGUGACCAAAUAUUUAGGAGCACGGAAUCAAUUCAUGGAGUCUGUGAAGGUUAGAAGCUCAUGGGUGAAGGGGUUAGACAUUUAUUUACAGAAAAACAGUUUCCACUCUUGAAAGUGAAUUUAGUCUGUCUUAACUUUUAUUAAGAUUUUGUUUAUGCCUCCCUCUUUAUUUUUCAGAGCUGCCUGGUUUCUACUUUGACCCGGAGAAAAAUCGUUAUUUCCGCCUGCUCCCCGGAAACAAUAACUGUAACCCACUGACCAGAGAGCAGCUGCAGGAGAAAGAAAGAGAGAAACAGAGGAGCAAGAUGCUCGCCGAAGAUGAGAAACCCAGAAAAGUAAGCCUAUUGUGUCGUCCACAUAAAGACUAAUAAGAGGGCCAGACAGGACAGACUUUUUUGUUUACUGUUGUCAUGAUCUUUAAAUGUGAGGAGGAGAGUGUGCGAGACUUGUGAGACUCGUGACCUGGAAGUUUUUCACGAUUGUUUAAUGAGAAAACUUGUUUUUUCUUCUUCUUCACAGAAAGCUCCAAGAAAAGGACUGAACACUUCCCUGCUGCUGCAGAAAAAACAUCUCGGCUUGUUACCUGACAACUCCUACUGCAGGUACUUGACCAUACUGAAUGUGAGCACGCAUGCACACGCAAAAUAGGGUCAGAUUUUAAUGAUAAACAGCUCUUAAUGUGAAGCGUGGGUUUUCUUUGGAGCUUUGCCGGCCGCUAAUAACGAUGCUAAUCAGUUUUGACAUUGCUUUCAAGAAAAAUUAUAAAAAGAUGAAAAUGAACGAAAACAUAACCUCAUUAUGGUCAAAGUGUUCUGCCGUCAAAUUGAAUCAUCGCAACAAACCCUUAAGAUCCACCGUUAACUGAAAAAUGGUUCAAUGAAUGAAUUACACAAAGUUCAGAUGUUAAGUGGCCUGUACUUUGUUACCAUGGUUACUGUGUGUCCUCCCAAGGCUGGUCCAUGAGGUGAAGGUCAGUGCAAUGAGACGACACAAACUGGAGAUCCAGAGCACUGAUAACAGCAACCCAAACACUGACAACUUCAGGCUCAUAGUGGUGAGAACAAGGACAUAAUAAUGCUGUAGUAAUAGAUGUGCUUAAGUAUUAUAUGAGUCUGUAAUUAUCUUCUGAUUCAUUUAUCAUAGGGAGACUCGGCUUGUGAGCGAGUGUUCACCGUCAAUGACGUGUCGCAUGGAGGCUGCAAGUACGGCAUCAUGAACUUCAGCAGCAGCAGCCGAGGGUCUCUGUCUGUGGAAAUGUGCGACAACCUCUACUUCACAAACCGUAAGGUGAGGUUUUCACAGGAACUGGAGUGUUAGUAAUGAAUAUGUAGACAUUUAUGUAUUUAUGUAAGGUGUCUGUGUUUCAGGUGAAUUCCAUCUGCUGGGCCUCGGUCAACUACCCAGACUCCCAUGUUUUGUAUCCUUUGACAUCUUAAACAGUUGCUCAUUGAUAACAUGUAUUAGAAAUAACUAAAGUGCAGUUUGAAUUGACCUUUUCCUUGACUGAGCUGACCGUCAGACUGUGUCUAGUCGGGGCAGCCGACACUCCCGGCUGCGUCAGUCUGCUCCCCGCUUCCCUCUUCAGCAACUCCAACCCAGGUUGUGUUGAGUCGAAUCUCACAUUUCUUACAUUUUAUUGUACUUUUCAUAAAAAUUAGAUUGUGGUUACUUAGCAAGGGCUUUUAAAAGUCCCUUUCUUAAAUAAGAUCUGGAUUUCAUGUUGCUUUGUGUCUUUGUUUAUGACUUAUUUUUAACAUUGUUCCUCUCUCUCUCUCCCCAGAUCAGCCCGGGAUGCUGUGUAGCUUUAAGAUUUCCUCUGCCUGGUCGUGCGCCUGGUGCCUCAACCCCCAGUUUGACAAGACCUUCAGCACAGGUCUGGGCAAAAAUCCCCAAAUGCAAUAAUCUUGAACGACAGUAGUCAGAUAAUAGUUCUCACUGACAUCUUUAGUGUUUUAUUUACACAGGAUGUCUUGGUAGAUUUGCUUAAAUUAAUGUAGAUGAUGAUAAAGAGACAUGAGAGCCCCCUGUAUUUCUUUUCUUCUCACAGACAAAAAAAUGGUAAUUUUCUAAAUGUUCUUGGUAUGUUUUGGCAGGUCUGUCCCGCAGGGUAAUAGUAAAAGACGCAGAAACUGGCCGGACUCAAACCUACAGCACCAGUAGUGACGUCUUGGCUCAGCAGUUUGCCCUCAGAGUGAGUCGUCUCUUACACCCACGCCUAUAUCCCCCCAGCAGCUAACACAUUGUUGUACGGACCUUUUGCUGCAGUUGGACAAAAAGAAAGGAAAGUGAAAUACUAUUUUUUUUUCCCUCCCUCAGGUCCCUGUGCUGUUCAACGGCUGCAGAUCAGGAGAGAUCUUCAGCAUUGAUCUGCGGCAGCGUGUCCGCAGGGACCAAAGCUCCAAGACCAGCCGCUUCCAUCAAGAGUCAGCCAUCACCUCUGUGCGCGUCCUGCAGGAUGAGAACUACCUGCUGGCUGCUGAUAUGCUGGGCCAGGUCAGAGAAUUGGCAUGAGUGUUAGAUCUUUUAACUCUGGCUGUUGUUACAAACAACACCGCAAUGUUGUGGCUUUGUGGGGUAAAAAGGUUUUGAACUCGGCUCUGUUUUCUGUCUUUAUGUGCAGAUUAAACUGUGGGAUGUGCGAGUGACAAAGCCGGUGCAGGAGUACAAAGGACACUACAAUGAGCAUGCUUACCUUCCCAUCCACGUCAAUGAGCCAGAGGGGCUUCUAUUAGCAGGUAAACUGUCACUGUUAGCCCAGGUAGGAUGUCGUUUUGAAUCUAGUUCACCCUGAAAUACUGAGCAGAAGUCAAAACAAGCUUUGGAUUAAGUUAGUAGCCAGACUCUGGCCAGACGAGGUAUUUUGAGACAUGACGUUCAUUCUCCAUACUCCCAUUUCUGACGUCUUUGCUUUUGUGCACAGUCGGUCAGGAUUGCUACACACGAUUAUGGAGCCUAAAAGACGGACACCUGCUGAGGACUAUCCCAUCGCCCCACCCGGCUGCCAACGACCUGAUCCCGAGCGUGGUCUUCUCCUCCAAGCUGGGCGGCUGCAGGGGGCUCCCCGGCCUGCUCAUGGCUGUCAAACACGACCUGUACUACUUCCCGUACAACACAGACUACCAGGACGAAGUAGAGCAGACAGCGGGGUUUUAGGAAAGGCUGAAAAAGCCACGUCUCGUCAGAUUGUUUGCUUUGAAUGAACUUUUUGUUUGGAGGUGAAUUUGAAGUCUCAGGGGAAUUUUUGAAACACAGAGUCAUGAAAAAGGACCGUAGUGCUCAGUGUAACCUUCACAUUAAGUGCUCUUAUUAUUCAUCUCCUAGUUUAAAGGGAUAUUCCGGCGUAAAAUUGAGUUAGGAUCAAACACACCGUAACACCGAGUUAGACAGCCGAUUGAGGGAUGAAUGUUGCUUCUCUAGUUAUACCAACUUUAGUGACGACCAAAGCAUAGCAAUACACAGCGGUCUGAGAAGCCAUAAACGAACCUCAACCAAAAAGCCACUCUAUAGCCACAAAUAAUGCUCAGAACAGCACCUAACUUCAUCAACAGGACAUAUAGGGUCCUAGCCACCAAACAUCUUUUUAGCUUUGCCUGAUUUCUUUAGCAAAGAGACUAAACACAACUCACCUACUCUCUUCCAGCAGCCACAUAUUUGUAGCGAGACCUCGGGCCAGUCCAUUAUGGACUGCAACGGGGGGGACGCAGCUCAAGGAAGAACAUUUAUGAUCAUUACUUUAUCAUUUCCAGACGUGGUAGUUCUUCUGCCUUAGCGUCUUGGUCUGACUGCAUUUCCAUGAAAAAAUACAAUCAGACCGAUUGUUCUUUCUCAGUUGAUGAUGGACUGGCCUGAGGUCUCGCUACAAACAAGCGGCUGCUGGAAGAGAGUAGGUGAGUUGUGUUUAGUCUCUUUGCUAAAGAAAUCAGGCAAAGUUAAAAAGAUGUUUGGUGGCUAGUACUAUGGCUGGGACCCUAUAUGUACUGUUGAUGAAGUUAGGUGCUGUUCUGAGCAUUAUUUAUGGAUAUAGAGUGGCGUUUUUGGUUGAGGUUUGUGUGUGACUCCUCAGACAGCUGUGUGUUGCUAUUUGUGGUCAGCAACAUUCAUCUCUCGAGGGGGUGUCUAACUCAGUGUUACGGUGUUUGACCCUAAAUUAAUUUUACUCCAGAAUAUCCCUUUAAUGUCUGUGUCUGUGAUCUGAUUUCAAAAAAGUGUUUACUGCAAAUCACCAAUUCUUAAAAGUGUGUCUUGUUGAAUCAUUUCUCAAAGAAUCGGCAAACACAGAGUGAGUUUUCUGCAGUUUAUUACAUACUAUAUGGGCGUACAAGAACAUAAAGAUAUUUAUCGAUUUGUUCCUUGUGAUAUUUAUUGAUCAUCUCUGUCUGAGAUGACGUUGACCUCCUUCACUUUUAUUUCAGCUUAUUUGUUGUGACAUUGAAACUAAAACCAACUCAGUGAAAGAACAUCCCCGGAUAACCGUCAUAAUACUCCGAUAUUAUAAUACCCCUGUAACAUCAUAUGUUGAAUUCUUCAGACAAUUGUCAAGUACAGUCCUGUUGCAGUAAAGGCAACAUCACCACGCAGCCUGAGUAGUCAGCUCCUGUUUUGAGGGGCCAGCCUCAAAGACACAUUGAAGUCUUUCCUGAACCACGUUUGCUACUGUGAGCCAGCCACUCUAUAAAAGCAGUUUCUUUGACGUUUCAUUACACUGCAGUCAGAUUUCUCCUGAUAGUAGUUUUGACAUUUUAAGAACAAAACGAGGCCAUUUAAAAAUAUCCCUACAACCCCAGAAAAGUAAACCUUUUAAUUCCCUUAUAUUUUUAAAUCUAAAAAUGUCCCAAUCUACACAGCACCGUUAAGGCUGCUCUAUUACAAUCUUCCUCAAAGCUCCUCAAAGGAUUACGUAUUUAAUAGAUAAUUAUUUAAGUUGGAAUGCAUCUCGGUGCUACAGUACAGCCUCAGCUUCUGAUUGUGUGAAUCCCCCCUGAAGCCAAAGAAGAAGCAGAUGUCGGGUUUAAUCGAGGUGGAUCAAUUUUCAAGUUUUCCAUCCCUUUCCUCCAAAGUCGUCCCUGAACGCUACAUCCAGAGCUUUGAGAUUAAAAGUGCAAAAACCUGGAGUGAGUUUAAGAUACUCAGUCAGUACUUCUGAUAAUGAUUCACACAUGAAGCACCAAACGAAAAAGGUGCCACUAGGACGAGUCAGUCACGCUGGGAGGGAUUGUCAAAGAGGUCAGGGCUUCAUGUGCAUGGGUACUAAUCUGGAAAGGAUCAAAUAGGGUCAUGGAUUUUUUUUUCCUGCCUCUCAUUUUACAUUGUUAACAUGAUUCAUCAUCCUAGCUCUUCGUAUUCAAGUCUCGGUCUGACUGUUUUUGAUCACAGUGUAAAUUAUACGUGUAUUAAAGGGAAAUGGCAACAAGGGGUUUAAGUGAUGUGAGGACAUCAUUAAAAAACAUCAAGAGAGUCUGAUCCACCACAGAGAGUCCAGUGGCAUGAAAAAGAAAACAGCCUUUCAGUCAAAUUCCAGUUUCCACUUCAAGAGGCAGAGGUCCUUCGCUGUUUCUCCCUCCUCGUCCUGCUAGAGGUCCCCGGCUUUCUGGUUACAGCUGUUGCAGACCCUCACCGGGUGGUCCCAGCCACGGGAGGGCACAGCGCGGCGCUCCUGAGAGCAGUCAUCACACACACCCUGCCCGCAGGCGCGGCAGUGAUGGAUAGAGAGGCGCGGGGAGAACUCUUUCUGGCACUCGUUGCAGGAGUGGAUGUCCUGAUCUGGGACCCAGUAGGCCGGGCGGGCCGCAUCUUUUACCAGGCCUGAAUGCAAAUGAGAUGAGGGGAUUAUAGAGUUGAUUUGACUUUCAGAAAAUAUGACACAAGAUUUUAAUUUCAAAUAUUUUACAAUUUUAGGCUGUAAAUCCAGCUGUCUCUACAUUUUCGGGAUAUCUAAUGCUUACCAAGAGGUAUGUCGAUGGCACCAACUACAGCCCCUAAAGUGUUCUGCACCGCCUCCCCAA